AUAUAAAUGAUAAAACUGAAAACACGAUUAGUAGUUCUUGUCACUAAUAUCACUCGAUUAUGAAAACACAUUAGUUACUAAUCCCAUAAUCGAUUAUCAACAUUAGUAAGACAAAAUAAAUCGAUUAUGCCAAUAUCUCAUAAUCGCCCACCUCUAACAGAUAUGUAUAUUACAAUCUUGCUAUUUAAGCAUUUUUGAAAAGACAUCUCCAAAAGGUGCUAACUUCAAGAUAAGAAGCUCCGGGAAUCCGAUAAGCUGUAAGCCUGUGAGAUAUGAAACAUUCUGACUGAAGCUGGCAUUCUGUAAGAGGAUCAUGUUUUUGAUUUUAUAAAGAUUAUAGUACAGGUGACGGAAGUUUCCUUUUUUAGGAGCUGCCAACAUGGAUCCCAAGCGCAUUUAUGUCUCAGGGUUCCCCAGCUUUACACAGUCCCAGGAUCUUAUGCAAGUUUUUAAUCAAUAUGGCACAAUCAAAGUAGAAAAAAUCAAUAAAAAAUAUGCCGUAGUUUUGUUUCCUGAUGAAGAAAGUGUCAAGGAAGUCAUUGAAAGAUCAGGAAAAAUUGUGAACUAUGGGGAAUUUCUCACCAUCAAACCUUACAACAGGAAACUUGAGACGACUGCACCAAAAAGAGAAUUCACAAGAAGUAAACAGAAAGAGUCAAUAAUCGCACCGCAGAUGUUGGACCUGUCUGGUGAUUUCUACCAACAGUUGGACAACGUGCUCUCCGCCGUCCGUCUGACCCAGCAGGAGGUGUGCGCCGUCAGCUCGCUCUACAGUGACCUGCAAGAUGCGCUCAGGACACUGUGGCCCGGCUGCGUGGCAACACCGUUCGGAUCCAUCACCACAGGGCUGGGGAUCAAGAGCAGUGACGCUGACUGCUUCGUGUCUCUGGGAACAGAGCGCAUCACCGAUGCCGUGGGUCGAGCCAAGCGCGCGCUGCUCCGGGAGCCGCGACUAUUCGCGGAGGUGCUGGCCAUUCCUCAGGCCCACACGCCAAUCGUAAAAUUCUUCCACGUGCCGACGGGUACCAACUGUGACGUGACGUUCAAGACGCCGCUCGGCACUUACAAUAGCCGACUGGUGUCGUUCAUGUUGCACGCCGACCCUCGCCUCGUGCCGUUGGCGGUCCUGGUCAAGUACUGGGCGAAGGUCCAUGGCUUCUCCGGCAGCGGCCGCCUCACCAACUACGCUCUGACGGUGAUGAUCCUGUUCUACCUGCAGCAGCCGCCCGUGUCCGUGCUGCCGUCCGUCCGCUCGCUGCAGGAGGGCUUCGACCAGAUCGUGGACGGAUGGAAUGUGGCCUUCGACGACCGCCUGGACCGCCUCCCCGCCUCCACCAACACGUCUUCCAUCCCGGAACUGCUCGGCGGUUUCUUCCAAUAUUACUCUACGUUCGAUUUCGAUCGGCUCGUCAUCUGCCCUUACUUGGGUCGGCCAAUAACCAAGGAGUCGUUCAAGAGGCUGUCGUCCUUGCCGCCCGAGAUGAGUCUCUACAGACGUAACCUAGAGAGCGGCGCCGCGGGGGCCAUGAGGUUUACUACCUCCAUAUGUGUGCAGGACCCCUUCGAACUGUGUCACAACGUAGCCUCGUGCGUGAGCAGCCGACUGUACGAGGAGGUCCAGGCCUACUUCCGGUUCGCCGCUCUCGCUUAUGACACGGAGAAACUGAAAGAUUGUCGACAGCUCCUGAGAACGAUCCUCCUGCGAAAACCGAAGAUACCUCGCCUCAAAGCAAAAACGGAAUUCAAGGCUACGAUAUCGUCCUACGUCAUACAAAACAUCGAGAGUCAGGAUCGGCGGAGUGUCAUCAGAGACGAGAUGCUCAGGAUGUUCAUGGAAAUGUGCAAGAUAGAACUGAGCGAGCUGGAAGCUGACGAUAAAGGACCGACGAAGAAACGGAAAGACAAAUAUAUGGGGGUCGUCACCGGGGCCAUAUGGAGGAGGAAGCAAUACACGAAGACACACAACGCCGCCCGGCUGGGGCUCGUGGAGAGGCAGGCGCAGAUCACGGAGGAGAUCAUGAACGCGGAAAAGGAAAAAAUCAAUUUGAAGUUCUGUCUCACUCUCGCUUUCACUUCGGAAAGUCACGCGAACGCUACCGUUAAAUUAAAAGAAGGGGACGCGGCGGUGUUUAAGGAGUUCGGGACGUUUUUCCUACAUAUUAUGCAAAAUUGGUUCGGUAACUUACUGAAACCUUACCUGAAGCCCAAGGAAAAGAAGAAAUUAAAGGAAGAUAAAGAGGGCAAGGAGAACAAAGAGACGGAACUGGACGUGACCCUGGGCGGGGAGAGACAGGGCGGAGCUGAUCAGGAGACCAGCCCCACCAACGACACGAGCGAGACACACGACGACACGACAUAAAGUGUCGAGACCAAAGUGCCAUUAACGUAACGCAGAGGUGACAUUAAAGGUGAUAAACAAAUAAGGGAAUCAUGAUUCAGUGCGUGCUAUACAUAUUUAGAAAUAUCGUGUUUUAGAUGUAAGGGAUCGUGAAUAUAUUUCUUUUUUACAUAA